AUGAGCGAGAGGAGCGAGAAGAGAGAGGAGCGAGAAGAGAGAGGUGCGAGAAAAGUGAGUAGCGAGAAGAGAGAGGAGCGAGAGGAUCGAGAAAAGACAUGUGAGAGAAAAGAGAGAGAAGAGAGAGCGAGAAGAGAGAGGAGCGAGAAGAGAGAAGGCGAGAAGAGAGAAGGGCGAGAAGAGAGAGGAGCCAGAGGAGUGAGAAGAGAGAAGAGCGAGAGAGAGAGAGGAGCGAGAAAAGAGAGGAGCGAGAAGAGAGAGGAGCGAGAAGAGAGAGGGGCGAGAAGAGAGAGGAGCGAGAAGAGAAAGGAGGGAGAAGAGAGAGGAGCGAGAAAAGAGAGGAGCGAGAAAAGAGAUGAGCGAGAGGAGCGAGAAAAGAGAGGAGCGAGAAAAGAGAGUGGCGAGAGGAGCGAGAAAAGAGCGGAGAGAGGAGCGAGAAGAGAGAGGUGCGAGAGGAGCGAGAAGAGAGAGGAGUGA